CAGAGGCGUAGUUUAAUGCUUUAAAAUAGAAACCAGAUAAGACUAUAAAACGCACCGAGUUUAACACCAGCCAGUAAGCAGGGAUACAGAAAAUAAUAUGAAAGAUGUGCCUCAGUCACUCAGAACGCGUCUGUUGAAUCAUGCUCUUCAAGACCACGUGUUAUUUAAUAAGCGUCAAUUUCUUAAUCGCAGAUGUUUUGACUUUUCAAACAAACUCCAAUGAAUCCUGUGUCCGUUUGUACGAAAAAGGCGUGGAAGCUUACCUGGACAACGACUAUCAAGAAUGUGUAGAAAAUUUCGAAGAAGCUGUACAAAAAUACCAGUUGUACAAGAAAGUGACGAACAACUGCCGAUUGAAAUGUAAACAGGAGGCGGAUACAUCGGAUCCUCUGUUUAGAGUGGACGUCGAAAAUUUGCUGUUUUACGAAAGAGCAAUUAAGAACACUCUGUGCAUAAUGCACUGUAAAACAGAAAAUGCCGAUGUUUUCAAUGGAACGCAGAUGAACUUCGAGACCGAACAACUUUUCGAAGAUCAAAAACCAUACGAAUAUCUUCACAUUUGUUAUUUUCAGACCAAAGAAUACCAAAAAGCCGCAUCAGCAGCUUUUACCUACUUAGUAACUCAUCCAAAUGAUAAGGCAAUGCAGGGAAAUUUAAAACACUACACGCAAGUCGAAGGUGUAAAAUCCGAUGAUAUAGUCAAUUUUGAAGCCAAAAGUUUCGUCUACCUAUACGCGCACGGGGCUGACGCCUACAACAAAAAAGACUGGAAAAAUGUUGAACAUAACAUGGAGGAGUCCUUGGGAUUGUAUCUGCAAGCUGAGGAAGAAUGCAGGGCCGGUUGCGAAGGACCGUUUGACCACGGAUGGUAUCCCGACUUUAUUCCAUCUAUAGCAAAUCAUUUCACGAUGGUUUUGAAAUGUAAAAUGGAUUGUAGCGAAAAGUUGAACACAUUAAACGGAGAAGAACACGACGACCUUCUACCUAGUCACUACCACUAUCUUCAGUAUGCCUAUUUCAAAAUGGGUAAUAUUAAGGAAGCUUGCCAGGCAGUGGCAAGUUAUCUAUUAUUUUUUCCUGAUGAUGAAACCAUGUUGGAUAAUAUGAAGUAUUACAGAUCUCUCCCAAAAGUUGACAAUGAAGAUUUUAGACCAAGAGAGGAAGCUGUGAAGUACGUCCAACGUAAAAUCUACGAAAAUAAAAUAAUGAAUUUUGUUAAUCAUGAGUAUAGAAACAUUGGUGUUACACAAAUUGAUGAAGAAACAGGUAGCAAGCGAAAUAUUGCGAACGAAAAACAACUGCGGGGCCCGAAGAGAUUUUUAUCGGAUGGCCUGGCAAGCAGAAGAGAAUGCAAAUCGCUUAUCGCAAUCGCCCGAAUUUUCGCGGUGCUGGGCGACGGGUACAAAGGAAAAAAAUCGCCGCACACCGAAAGGGAAUCGUUUCACGGCAUCACGUUAGGAAGGGCCGCGUUUCUAACGUACGUCGGGCUUUUAGACACGAAAUACCUCGAAAUUUACCUCCGAAUAACCGAGAGCGUGCGCCGAGAAGUCAAAAAUUACUUUAAACUGAACGACGAGUUACAUUUUAGUUACACACACUUAGUAUGCCGAUCUGCCCUGUCAGAUCCCUCGCUGAACAGGACGGACUUAAGUCAUCAAAUACACGCCGAUAACUGCAACAUUUUGGAGGAUGGGGUGUGCGAAAAAACGGCCCCUGCCUUUUUUUGGAGGGACUACAGCGCCAUACUCUAUCUGAACAGUAAUUUUGAAGGAGGCGAGUUUAUUUUUUCGAAUGAUUUGCUAGGGGAGGAUGUGCAGAGUUCAGUCGAGCCAAAAUGCGGCAGAAUGGUGGCUUUCUCAUCCGGACAGGAGAAUUUGCAUGGAGUCAAAGCAGUUAAAUCUGGAAGUAGGUGUGCUAUAGGUAUUUGGUUCACGUUUAAUGUAACGCAUAUAGAAAAAGACCGCGCUUUAUCUUACGAUAUGUUAGAUAUGCUAAAAAACACCUAAAUUUAAAUGGAUUGAUUUUUUAAGUACUUAAAUCAUGGGUUGUGUUUUCGUUUUAGUAUUUAAUUAAAUUCCUGAGUAUUGCUUCCUAGUCAAUGGACUUUUAUUACAUUAUAUAUUUUUGAAUAAAA